AUGGGUCAAGGGUUCUCUCUCACUGCCCUUGCAGCGGGAUCGGCUGGUAUAGACGUACAAGAGUUAAAUGAUUUAGUGUACGAAAAGUCGAUGGGAAAUGCCCGAUUCAUGAAGAGUAUUCGAGCUCGGCAUCGUGAUGGAGUGGUCCUGGUUAAAGUGAUGGUGAAGCCAUAUCAGAUGAAGCUAGAAAAGUAUAAGCGGAAGAUAAUCAAGGAGAGGAAAGCCUUAGCUGACGUCCCCAAUGCGCUUGCAUAUCAACGAGUCGUCGAAACAGACACAAACGGAUACCUCGUACGACAGUUUUUACAUAGCUCACUGUACGAUCGCAUAAGCACACGACCGUUCCUUGAGGAUAUUGAAAAGAAAUGGGUAGCUUUCCAGCUUCUGUGCGCUUUACGAGACUGCCACGGCCGGGACAUUUUUCAUGGGGAUAUCAAGACAGAGAAUACCUUGGUCACAUCGUGGAACUGGCUAUAUCUGGCAGACUUCUCGUCAUCAUUCAAGCCUACAUAUAUGCCAUUGGACAAUCCUGCGGAAUAUCACUACUUUUUUGCAACCUCUGCGAAACGAGGCCCCCAGACACAACCGUGUUAUACGGCACCAGAACGUUUCGUUGCUUCCGGGAAAGAAGCAGACCCUGACGCUCCUAUAACCUGGGCCAUGGACAUCUUCAGUGCCGGAUGCGUGUUGGCGGAACUCUUUCUGGAAGGCCCUUUGCUCACUCUGGAGAGUUUGUUCCGAUACCAACGGGGAGAGUUUGACGUCAAGACUCAACUAAGUCGAAUUGUGGACAAGGAUGUAAGAGACUUGAUCGCGCACAUGAUCCAAUUAGACCCCGAGAAGAGGUUUUCAGCAGAAGAAUACCUCCAGUUCUGGGCGAAGAAGGUCUUUCCAGACUAUUUUUACAGCUUUCUUCAUCAGUAUAUGGGCCUUGUCACCGAUCCAUCAUCAGGUAGAAAUCCAAUAUCUGGGGCAUCUGCGAAUCUUGGAGAACCCGAUGAACGAAUUGACCGCGUGUGGUUGGAUUUCGACAAAAUCUCGUAUUUUCUUGGCUAUGGAGACGGAAACGAGAAAAGAACAAAAUCAAAUCGUGUCCCAUCUGGCCAUGGGCUGGACUUGUUCCCCGUACAUCUCAACAUUCCAAACAAUGAGCAUCCCCUUACCGUAAUGGACUCGAAGAAGUCAGUAGAUGAUGGGACCCCUAUAUUUCUCGCGCUGGUGGUGGCCUCCCUGCGGAAUACAGCUCGUUCAGCAGCUAAACUACGGGCCUGCGACUUGCUACUGGCAUUUUCAGAGAGACUUACGGAUGAAGCGAAACUUGACAGAGUCUUGCCACAUUUUAUUAUGUUAUUGUACGACCCUGCGGAUGUUGUUAAGGUCGCCGCCAUUCGAUCUAUGACCCAGCUAUUGGCACUGGUAACUGUGGUUUCACCGAUGAAUGCACAUGUUUUCCCGGAGUAUAUACUCCAAAAUACACAAGAACUCCUUCAUGGAUCCAAGAAGAAGCCUAGACCGCUUGUUCGUGCAACUUAUGCAGCUUGUUUAGGAAGCCUUGCUACGUCUGCAUCUCGCUUCCUUGACAUGGUUGCGACCCUGCGAGCUGACGGGUCUCUUCCAACCAUCGAUACAGAGACCGAUGAUGGCAUCAAAAGCCAUACGGGAGCACAAGGCUUGUUUGACAACACUCGCGCGGAGCUCAUCAUCGAAUUAGAAGCGCAUACAAAAUCACUCAUCACGGACCCAGAUACUUCGGUGAAGCAGGCCUUUCUCGGCUCGGUUCCAGAGUUGUGCAUGUUCUUCGGAACAGCAGACUCGAACGAUAUCAUCUUGAGCCAUUUAAAUACCUAUCUGAACGACCGAAACUGGAUACUGAAGUGCGCUUUUUUUGAAACUAUUGUAGGCGUGGCUACUUUUCUUGGUGGCACUAGCUUGGAAGAAUUUAUGCUACCACUAAUGGUGCAAGCCCUCACUGAUCCCGAAGAAUUCGUGAUCCAGAGGGUCCUGCAUUCAUUUGCGACCAUGGCUGAGCUUGGCUUAUUCUCACGGUCGAAAACAUGGGAGCUUGUUGAUGUGGUUGGCCGCUUUACUAUGCACCCAAACAUUUGGAUCCGAGAGGCCGCAGCGAUGUUCCUUUCUGCGUCAACACUCUUUCUUUCGAUGGCUGAUACCCAGUGUAUUAUCCUACCCCUAAUCAGGCCUUAUCUCAAGAAUCCUCUUAGGGACCUCUCAGAACUCAGCAUACUUGGCAGUCUAAAGAAGCCUUUCUCCCGCUCCUUACUCGACCUGUCCAUCACUUGGGCGCUGAAGGUUGACCGAGGCAUUUUCUGGAAACAAGCUACCAAACUACGCACCUUUUCUUUUGACUCGAACAACACCAUUCCGACAAUCUUGUCGAAAGACCUUGGCCCCCACGCAUUGCAAAAGAUCCCGAAGAAUGAGGAGGAUGAACAGUGGCUGAAAAAGCUUAGAAACAUGGGUUUGACCUCGGAGGACGAGUUCAAGUUGCUAUCUAUGAGGGAGUACAUUUGGAGAUUGUCUGCGUCGAAGGCCCAUGAACCUGCCAGCCAGACCUCGAAUCUCAACAAUAUUAUCAAUCUACGCAAAAUCGGCAUCACACCACAGACAGUAUUAUUUGACGAGAAAGCGAUGACCGAGGAGGUUGAGCAAGUUAUCAAACGAGUGUUCAACGAAAGUAACAAGCCGCACACAAUCGCGGAUGCGCUACUAGAUGCUUCAAUGACAAUUGAUGACCCUAUCGCGAUUCGCCGCCGAUCAGCAUUCAAUAGCCACCAGUCAAAGCGUAGCACCCGUGAGGGACUAUCUCCGACAAUGCCGGCUGGUCACGAUAACGCUUCUCCUGUUUCUACGCCUGGAACCCCCCGAGAGACUCACAACACCACAUCAUCAAGGUUUCCUGGAUCAUCAAGGCCAUCCAGGCCGAGCGUGACCCUUAACGGGAGUCGUAGACCCAGCGAUGAUGAUACAAGUUCGGUCCCGGAUACAUUGUCGAGCCUCAACUCUAGGGAUCACAAUCACACUAUUAAUCAUAGAACCAGCGCUAUGGACUUGAUAGGCCGAAAGGAUUCCGCAAAGUCAUCAAAGUCGUCGCCUGAAACGGCUACGAGUUCUACCAAUGCUUUCGGUAAAGUAGAGGGGCCCUUCUCAAAUGCCGGUGGCGACCCCUCAGCACUGGCAUUGGCUAGAGGCAUGGACAGUGGCACGAAUGAUCGGAUUAAAUUCAGAGGCGCUCACACAUACACAGGCAACGAUCCGAGCAUUCUCAAGAUGCUCGACGCCAUGUAUGUGGACAAUUACCCAAUGGAUAUCGCUGUAUUCGGGCCAAUAAUUGCCCCAUCCAGUCGAUCUAAGGCUUUAAGUAGGAGUACCAGUCAGCCAGUCACCCAACCCUGGAAACCUGAAGGCAUUCUAGUCACAACCUUUUCAGAGCACGUCGGUCCUUUACACCAUAUCUCUAUUGCCCCCGACCACGUGUUUUUCCUUACUGGUGGAGACGACGCGUGUGUAAAAGUCUGGGAUAGUGGUAGGCUGGAGCGCAACAUAGCUCAUAAGUCUAGGGCGACCCAUAAACAUGCUGUCGGCGCUCGAAUCUCUGCUCUAUGCUUUGUCGAGAACACUCACUCUUUCAUCAGCUGCGCCAGCGAUGGAACAAUCAACGUAGUUCGAGUUGAUUGCGUGCAACAUAGCGGAGUGAUGAGAUAUGGUAAGCUACGAGUAGUCCGGGAAUAUCAACUCCCAAAAGGUGAAAUGGCGGUGUGGGCGACAAACUUCAAAGUGGAAACUAAUUCGACGUUAUUAAUCGCCACAAAUUUAUCAAGGAUUAUAGCCAUCGAUUUGAGGACGAUGGUAGUUCUAUACACCAUGGUGAAUCCGGUUCACCAUGGAACGCCUACUUGUUUUGUGGUUGAUAAGAAAAGACAAUGGCUGUUGCUUGGUACAUCACAUGGAGUAUUAGAUCUUUGGGAUCUGCGAUUCAGAGUUCGACUUAAGGCUUGGGGCGUGCCAGGCGCCACUUCCAUAUACAGAAUUGAGUUACAUCCAACGAAAGGCCGUGGGAGGUGGGUGUGUGUAGCGGGCGGAAGUGGACAAGGCGAAAUCACCGUUUGGGAUGUUGAGAAGACGCAGUGUAGAGAGGUAUAUCGAGCAAUAGGCAGUCGCCAAAGUCCUAAAGGAUACGAGCCAUGGCCAGUAGAUGAGGAUCGCCCAGAAGGUAUGUUAGGCCGCUUCGCGACUGCAAUAGAGUCGACAGGGUCCAGCAAUUCUGACCGUGGAGUUCGUGCGAUGAUCACUGGAACGGACAGCCAUGACAAUGGACGAGAAUCUACGAAAUUAGGCUUCAUAGUUACGGGAGGCUCGGACAGGAAGGUUCGAUUUUGGGAUUUGGAUCGCGUUGAGAAUUCAAUGGUUGUGAACGGUCUUGAUAUUGAAGAGAAAGUGCCUACAUUUAGUUCAGCACAUCCCACCCCAACCUUAACGCUCAGCACAGAAUCAGCUGGACGCCCCAAUCCAACAGCGCCGAAUGCGGGUGCUAGCUCGAAGUCUUCAAGUACCAGAUCCGUUAGUACCAAGCCUCCGAGAUCUACCGUAAUAUCACUCCAGCAACAGCAACUCUUAAAGUCACAUCUUGAUUCGAUUCUCGAUGUCGCGUUAUUAGAAUCUCCAUACGGCAUGUUGAUCUCAGUCGACCGGUCAGGGGUUGUAUUUAUAUUUCAGUAG